AUGGACAGUAGCAACUCUGUCGCAGGCUCUUCUGCAUAUCGGUCGCCGCCCGACAUAUCACCCUCUGUUGGCACGCGAACCAGCUCGCGCAAUGCAGUGAGCAAGACUUUCGCCAGUCCACCCACGACACCACCACCGAAGCGUCGCGCGCCAGCCCAAGCCGCAGCCAAGGGCAAGGAUAAGGAGCCCGUCGCUGUUAGUACAAGAAGGCAGCAGAUCAAGCGCGAGCACAGCGAUACUCAUCGACAUUCGCACGGGCUGUCAUGGUCUAGCACAACACGAGACAGCGUGGUGGAUAAUUUGCUGUUGUCACUUGGCAACCUAUCCUCCCCCGACCUGGAUCUCGGAGACGAACUGCGCGAUCGCGAAAUGGAGCGUGAGAAGUUUGGUGUGCCGCAAAUGCCGGAGAUGGCAUCGUUUGCUCCUAGCCGACCCCUACAGCGUGCGCGCGGUCAUACCUAUUCUUCGUCGAUGUCGUCUGGCCCUGGUAGUUCUGGAAUAGGGGAAUCGCCGGCAAGCAAAUUCUCAUCUCAUGGAAGACGCAGCAACAGUAGCUCGAACUUUGGUACCAUACGAUCGCACAACAUAAGAAGACCCAAUGCCGGUCCGAAGACGAGCACCGAUACACAGAGACAUUUUGUAGGGCAGGCACAUGAUAAGAGCAGUAGCAUCGACAUUGACGAUGCUGAUUACAACGGUGCAGCUUUCGCAGAGGCGAACAGAAUGAAUUUUGGCCGCCGGAGAUCGAUGAGCGUGGAUCAGUUGUACCACGGAAAGUUAUCUGAGGAUGAUCCAUCUGUGCUCGGGCGUGGGAGACCGGUGCCCUCGGUACAUAGCAAGUACGAGGCUGCAUACAACGCCGCGCCCGAGCCGGGCAUUCCAGCCGGACCACGAAAGCAGCAGAAUCCAACCGGGACAGGACCAGUGUAUGUGGGACAAGCAGGAGUGAAGCAGAGCAUUCGCAAGGUUAACACACAAAGUGAUCUGCGAAGCGCGAAUAUGCCCGCUCCGCCGAUUCCUCAGUACGUACACGAUCAGGCGAACGACUUCGUGCGGGCUAACAGUCUACGCGGCAUGCCUUCUAUGCCACUGCCUCACGAACACGGUGCUCCUGCUCCGAGUCCUGGCUUCAAGAGUAGCAUGCCAGACGGUGCUUUGGCACAGCGGGAAAGGCCAGGGUUCUUUAAACGUGUGUUUGGUGGAGGGUCACGCAGCGCAUCAGGUCUUUCCGCAGAUUCGCAAGAAACCAUCGGACAAUACCCGGAUCGGUCUCGUUCACAAGCAUCAACGGAUAACGCAUCACAAAUCAGGCCGGAAACACGAAAGAUGUCGCGAGAGCAGUCGCAAACGUCGUAUCCACCUCCCGCGCUGAACAAGAAGCCGUCAUCAUUCUUCAGGCGAAGAAAGAAGUCCACCGGCGAGCUGAGCGCACCGCCUCCACUACCGACCUCUCUGGGCCAUAACAUGAGUGUUAGAGCAGCAGAACCAAGCCCGUCGGUGAGCAGCCUGCGCAAAGUGAUGGGUCCGUACCUGCACAAUGACGGCACUCCUAAAAUCACACGCCACGAGGCACAACGACCUGCCACGGGUGAUUCAAUUGCCGACUCAUGCGAUCUCGAUAUCUUUCACUCGGGUUACACUCCCCCACCAGAUGCAUCUCUUGGCUAUCGCGACCCGCUGCGACGCGACUCGCGUCCGAAACAAAGCGGAGAGGAUGGCCGAGACAGUCCGCGCAUGAAACUCAAAGUCAAGAAGCGGCAGACCGAGGCCGACCAACCACUAACGCAACAAGCACCAGACACAUCUCAACAAACGUUUCCGCACGAUGCCAGCAGGGAGGUCUCCACAGCUACUAUUGGAAACAAUUUCGCGCCGCCCAUUGACUUCCCUGAAGUAUCACCAGUGGUAGAGACGCCUCCUGCAGCCAAUCUCCAGGAGAAUGAUCGCCCUGUCAGUCGAGCUAGUACUGGUGACAAGAUUCUUGCCUCCCAGCCGAGCAGUCCCACUACUGCCGAUGAGAGCAUGCGCGAGUUCAGUAGUGCGUCCAGGGUCAUCGUCGAUCCUGAUGAGGACGGCUGGGUCAUCACGCACUCGCCUACCUCGACAGCGGCAGAGAGGCCAGGAUCUAAGAAGUCCGAAAGGCUGUUCCUGAGGCCCACCGAGCUGGAAGAGAAGAGACAGGACAGCAACUCCUCCUUCCCAACGCGGGACGACUCGCGGAAAGCGUCUGAGGUUGACCCUCUUGUCCUACCCAAGGCACCAUUUCACACAGCAUCGUCCAGCGUGCAGUCACCUUGCACUCCAAGCGUCUACCAUUCUGCCACGAGCUUGCCAUUACCAAGGGUUCAGGUUGAUGGAGUACCACGACAAUCAGGCGAGACAGUCCACACUCGUGGCCCCUCUUUGGUAGCAGAUGGCAAUGCAGAGUACCGAGAACGGGCUCGGAAGAUCUUUCAAGGCAAUGAAGAGGAUGUCGCGAAGGGAGAAGCAGCUGCAUGGCUUGGUGAGCGGAACACUCUGAGCACGAAAACACUGCAGGCGUACAUACAACUCUUCGACUUCGCCGGCGCGAGCAUCCUGUCAGCCUUGCGUACGCUUUGCAGUAGUCUGCUGCUGAAGGGCGAGACCCAACAAGUCGAUCGAGUGAUCACGGCGCUUUCUGAACGCUGGUGCGAGUGCAACCCCAACCACGGUUUCAAGGCGCAGGAUGUCGUGCAUACCAUCUUCUACUCCUUGAUCCUGCUUAACACCGACUUGCACCUAGCAGACAUUGGAGAGAAGAUGUCGAAGACUGCAUAUGUCAAGAAUACCCUUCCAACCAUCAGACGUGUCGUAGCCGACGCAGCACCGAACGCUUUCGACGAUACCAUCCGACCAGGUCAAACACCCAUGAGGCCGAAUCUGCCGUGGAACGACUCGACAGCAUCUGCACCUACGAUGGCCAGUCCCGUGUCUCCUGCCUUUCCGCCAGAUAGCCUACAGCCUGAGCGCACGUCAUCCGAGAAUCCACGAGGCAACAUCAGCAAGCGGAUGUCCAUUCGGCCUGGCAUGUUCAGAGUCGAGUCAGACGGCUGGAUGCCCGAUUUCGCUGGAGGUAACACCAUGAAUGCGCUUGUGAAUCAGCAAUGGAGUGGGAAUAUGCGAGGCUGGGAGUCGGAAGUCGAGUCGGUCUUGAAGGCCUUCUGGGCUUCGAUUCGUUCCGAACCACUUCCUUUGCUGGGCACAUCCGCUCACGAGCAAGCUCAGGCUCAAGCUGACAGGAAUCUCUCCGUGGCGAACUUGGGCGGUCUGAAACGAUCAGGUUCCGUCGUUAGCAAGGCACCAUCCGACAAUGCCUCAUAUCGCUCAAAGCCUGGUUUCCGGACUUUGACGCAAGGAUGGCAGAACCGUAAUAAUCGAUCUAGACCGAAGCUGUACCCGACAAAUCUGGCUGGUGGCUCAUCAAGGACUAGCUUCGACGAUGGCAACAGUGUGUGGUCACCAGCACAGAGCAGUAGCAUCAGCAAGAACUCGUUCUCGAAGACAUUCACUUCUGCAUCCAUGACGAGCCUUGGACACCAUCUAUCUCCUUCAAACACCGACUAUAAGCACUCUAUUGGCUUUGCGAAUGCACUGUCACAUGCCAUUAUUCGCGAAGAAGGCGGUGGGAGCGGCGGUGAUGGUGAGUCUGUCGUCAUACCGGGUGGGCUGCUUGAGGAUGAAGCACUGGCGCUAGAGGGUGCGCCGUGGGCGAAGGAAGGUCUUGUCAAGCACAAGCAUCACCUUGAAACGGUCGACAAGAAAGCCAAAGAGCGAAGCUGGGUAGACUGUUUUGCUGUCCUCAGUAAAGGCAAGCUGACGAUCUUCGCAUUCGGCACCUCCACCAAGUCCCACUCUAUGGGCCGCAGGAACCAGGCAAAGCAGAAUGGUGGGCGUGCUGCGAGUCUUGCGGCGACAAAGGUGGGUGGCGGAGACUGGAUGGAGAAUGCUGAACAACUAGACUCGUUUGUGCUACGGCAUACAAUCGCGUCGACUCUGCCUAAACCCGGUUAUAGUAAGGCUAGACCGCACGUGUGGGCGUUGAGUCUGCCAUCUGGUGCUGUGCAUCUCUUCCAAGUCGGUACACCAGAGAUCGCCAAGGAGUUUAUGACUAGCGCCAAUUACUGGUCAGCACGUCUCAGCAAGGAGCCACUGAGCGGUAGUGUCAGUAAUGUGGAGUACGGCUGGAGCGAUCAGGUCAUCAAUACCGCCAUUCUCGACCGCGGUGCGAGUCCACCUCCCACUGCGCCAGCCAACGCUCCGCCUGGUAGUAUGGCAAAUAGAGGCCAUCUCCAUUCUGGAUCCAAUGCUAGCGGUCCCGGCUCAAGACCUAGCUUUCAAUCUUCGAUGCGCGGUAGCUUCGACACUGGAUUUGGAGGCAGUACCAGGAACAGGUUGCCUGCUGACAAGGCGCAUAUUAUGGACUGGCAGCCACCAUCCCAGAGCAUGAUGGCUAGCCAGCUUAUGGAGGUGGAUCAGCUUGCUCAGUUGACUGCGUACGUGGAGAAUGUGGAGAAGGAUCUCGAGAGUCAUAACGAGUUGAAACAUGCCAUCAAGCUAGCCUACUCUCCACGCCACGCAAAUCACAAUCGUGCAAUGACCAACUGGCAACGCAAGUCCGAGUACUUGCUCCGCGAGAUAGUCAAAUUCAGAACGUAUAUGGAUUCUCUGACCGCAGCACAACAAGCCAAGGCGGUCUUCGAUGCGAAGAAGGCUGCUGAGAGGGGCGUGAGUCCUGUGGAUAGCGGACGGCCACCUUUGAAAGACGAUAGUGAGGUGACGCCUAGGGUGCCGCAGCUGGCUGGAUAG